AUGAACAACUGUGUGUUUCAGGAAGAUCUGCUCCCCAAAGUCCUGCCCCCACUGCUCCUGCUGGAGUUUGUUUUUGGAGUCCUCGGUAAUGGCAUGGCUCUCUGGAUCUUCUGUUUCCAUCUGAGGCCCUGGAAGAACAGCACCGUCUUCCUGUUCAACCUGGCACUGGCCGACUUCCUGCUGAAUGUGGCCCUGCCGUUCCGCGCCAUCUACUACCUAAAGGGGAAGGACUGGAUCUUUGGUGACACUUUCUGCCGCGUCUCCCUCUUCAUGCUGGCCAUGAACCGCGGGGGCAGCAUAAUCUUCCUGACUGCUGUGGCGGUGGAUCGAUACCUGCGUGUGGUCCAUCCUCACCACCGGGUCAACUUCAUGCGAAUGUCUAAAACGAUAUACACAGCCUGUGCCCUGUGGAUCCUCACAAUCUCCCUGACUAUUCAUCUCCUGUCCAAGUCCCACCAGAUCAAGGCAACGAACUCAACUCAGUGUGAGAGUUUUACGCUCGGCAGCAACUGGGUCCACACUGUAUAUCUGCUGGAAGUUUUGCUGUCUUUGGGGAUUAUACUGUUCUGUACCAUCCGCAUAUCCAUGCAGCUGAGGGAGAGGCACCUCGACAAGCACAUGAAGAUCAAAACAGCACUCUUGUGCCUUGCGGUGGUUGUCAUUAUGUUUGUCAUCUGCUUCCUCCCCAGCAACGUCACCCGGUUGCUGAUUUGGUUGAAAAGAAUGCACGAAGUUGGAGACUGUGACAGCUACCAGGCUCUGGACACUGCGUUCUACAUCACCAUCAGUCUGACCUAUCUCAACAGCAUGCUGGACCCUGUCGUUUACUACUUCUCCAGCCCAACGUUCAAGAAGAUCUUCAAGAGAGCGGUGAGAGUCAGUCAUCAAGAGAUAGAGGAGAGCAGCUCAAGAGGUAACAGGAUUGUAGACACCAAGACUGUCAGCCAGCUGUGA